AUGGAUGACGCUAAUGCUGAGGACACUUGGUCUCAGGAAGCCGGAUCCUCGACGUCGCCCACGUCGCAUACCAGGUUCCGGCUUCCCCAGGGGAAUCCAAGCCUGAAACCAACUGGAUCUCCCUCUUCUCUCCUCUCGAGACCCCGUGAAUGGACGGAUCAGAUGUCAUAUGCCCUUCAGGAAGGGUACCGAAGAUAUGGUCCCCGUAAUUGGGCUCAGCUGCUCAGUGACCCGCUCUUGGGCCCCCAUUUCCCGGGCUGGAGCACGGACGAGCUGGAGGACACGGUUCGGUCCAAGUUUCCGCACCUCUUCCGUGAAAAGCCCGCAGGCCCUUCGUCGAAUCCACGCAAGCAGUUACGGACAUCUCAGCAACAAACGGCUGGCCCGUCGUUGAAAGCCCGUAGUAGGGAGCGCCGAGCUUUUACCAAGAGUGAGGAUGAAGCCCUCUUACAAGGAUUCCAACGUUUUGGUACACACUGGGCUCGUAUCUCACGCGAUCCUGUAUUUCAAGGGCAGCGGUCAUCGACAGACAUCCGUGACCGUUUCCGCAACGCGUUCCAUGAUGAGUAUGUCAAAGCCGGCUACAAACCUCGCACGAAGGCCUCCAAGCGAGAUCGUGGCGAGAAGAAGAGCAAACAAGCCUCCAAGUCGUCCCCGACCCCGAUGGAUACCCCAUCGCUAUCGCCUCAACUGCAGCCGGGUUCGGCUUUAACGAACCCCUUAUCUAGCACGUCCGCUUCGGGGCCACGGAUGGACGGCACAUCGUUGCUUCUAGCGCCUCAUGCUAACGGCAUAGAUGCUUCGGACGAUUCUGCUGUGACACAAUUGGCUCUUUCUGCCGAUGCAAGCACCACGAUGCCUCUCAACGAAGCAUCGCAGCCACUCUUUCCCUGGCUUACACCUCAGUCCAUGACGGGCCUCUCGAUGCCCAGUCCGCCUCUAGCACAACUAUCUAUUCCCUCGCCUCUAUCAACUUCUUCAGCGUAUGAUAUGGUCUCCCCCACUGGCUUAUCACCCAACGAUACUUCCGUGUCUGUGACUAUCCCUCCUCCCAUGGCACCGCUUCAACAUGCAGCCUAUGUGACGAGCUCUUCACUUCCGAUUGACGCAUCCUUGCAUCCUCAUCCUUCGUCGAUCUCGUUUUUAUCCACUGCCACACAGGCCAGUCCUACAUCGUCCAACGAAUCCGUCACCGCUCUGCAGCGUGGCAUGUCCCUGCAGAACUGGAUGACUCCAUCGUAUGGCCGAAGCGAUGUGGGUAUGCAUCCGAGCUCCUCAUCGAUUUCGCUGCCUGCACCAGAGUCGAUGGCCUUGCCAUACUCAUCCUCAUCCACCAACAUGGUCCCUAUACCGUAUGCCUCUAUGCCGGUUCGUGCGAUGACUGAUUCCCAACCUAUGCCUACCUCGCCCGCGUCAUCCGUUACCAUCGGCGGAGCUAUGCAGGCCCCAUGGACUAUACCCGGCCCUCAGGAAAUGUCGUCUGUAUCGGCACAGUCGUCGUCCAAGUCAACGUCCGCCCAAUUUCCAAUGCCACCACCUCAGCAACCGCCUACGCUCGAGUGA